AGCAGGAGCAGCAGAGUGUGUAGCUGACGUCCUCGACUGUCCCUUUGCCUGUGCUGACUGCUGACCCACCCGCUGUCCCGGCUUGUGGCCCCCCGCUCAGCCCACUCCAGCCCGCUGUUUGUCUUUCCAGUUGGUAAAGCAGGAGCAGUAGAGUGUGUGGCUGACGUCCUCGACUGUCCCUUUGCCUGUGCUGACUGCUGAUCCGCCCGCUGUACCAGCUUGUGGCCCCCCAUUCAGCAGGAAAGAAAAUGAAAGACAAGCUGCUGGCGCUUCUGAUCAUCUGGUCUGCUUUGUGUGUCCUGGGGAAACAAAUCCACCAAAGACCCCAUCAAGUCAGAGCGAUGGUUCAGAAUCCACUGAAGGUGCUGGACACUGAGGAGCCCCCCGGACAGACACAGAGAAGUGAAGAGAAAAUGGAUGACGUGAAGAUAGAAGAUGCAUUAGAAACGGGACUCCAAUGGCCCCAGAACUGGACAAAUGAUGACCUGCUGUCUGUCCUGAAGGAGGAGUUGAUCCUUGAGAGCCAAUCAGAGGAGGCGGUUGGGUCAGAUGAACGCGACCUGCUGUUUGAAGGCAGUGCCAAGCAAGUGGACGUCGGUGACAUGGAUGUUUAUCAGAGAAGAGGCGAUUCUGUGCAACAAGUGGGUGUUGAGCCCCUGCUAGAAACUGAAGAUGAACCAGAAAUGAGUGAAAGAGUAGAAAACACGUCCAGGAAUCUCCAAGAACUUGAAGAGGACCGAGGGGCAACUUUGGAAGAAAAUGACAAUAAUGUCAAAGAGGCUCUGAGGAGUGGAGGUGAAGAGUCUGUGAAACGUCUUGACGCUGUUGAGGAAGAAAAGAAGAAAAAUAGAGAAAGUGAAGAAGGCAAUGGACAUCAAGAACAAAGAGAUAAUCAGCCGACCGUGACACUCGAGGGAGCGGAGGAGGUCAUUGAAAGUGACCUUCAGGAAGGAGUGGGCACCACACAUGGAUUGGCUGAGAGUAACGAGAAGCCUGGGACGAGUGGGCUGCCAUCGCUCAGAAGGAAGUGGGCUGACAGAAAACUUAAGAGCUCAGUCUAUGAAGUCCAGAAAAACAGAAGGAAGCUUGGAAGGAAGACAUCCCUGAGGACCCCUGUGCUGAUCAAAGCUGCAGAUGAGCGUCCAUCCCAUGCUGAGAAAAUAAAUUCUUUGGAGGCAAAUGUCGCCCCAUGUGAACAUUUCCGCUGCAAACGAGGCAAGACAUGUGACAUCACGGAGAACGGCGAGCCACGGUGUGUGUGCCAGGAUGUCACGCUGUGCCCACUGGCAAUGAAUGCGUUUGACCAGGUUUGCGGCACUGACAACAAAACCUACGACACUUCAUGCCACCUGUUUGCCACCAAGUGCCAGCUCGAAGGGACUAAAAAGGGCCACCGACUCCACCUUGACUACAUUGGAUCCUGUAAAUACAUCGCUCCCUGCCUGGAUGACGAGUUUGUUCAGUUCCCCCUUCGCAUGCGCGACUGGCUCAAGAAUGUCCUGCUGCAGCUGUACGAGCAAACUGUGAACGGCUCCACCAUACUGAAUGAGAAGCAGAGGGCCAGGGUGCAGAAAAUCUACGAGAGCCAGAGGGUCCUGCGGGCCGGAGAGGGGGACGAACACCCAGUUGAGGUCCUGCUCAAAGACUUUGAGAAAAACUACAACAUGUACAUCUACCCGGUGCACUGGCAGUUUGCACAGGUGGACCAGCACCCUGCUGACAGGUCCUUGUCCCGCUCGGAGCUCGCCCCGCUGCGCCUCCCACUGGUGCCCAUGGAGCACUGCAUAUCCCGCUUCUUCACAGAGUGCGACGUGGACAAGGACAAGCUCGUCUCCUUCCAGGAGUGGUGCCGCUGCUUUGCCAUCAAAGACGAUGACAUUGACACCAGCCUGCUGUUCUAGACGAGGGAAUCUGAGAAGGGGUGCAGCAUUGAGAGCCAACAAGUGAUGGGGGGGGGGCACUUCACCCAUAAAGUAAUCGACUGGUGGUCCAUUAGGGGACCACUCACAGUCUGAGAUGACCUCAAGCUGGCGGACACCACCCUCAUAUAUCGGCCCUGAUACUCUGGGCCUCGCCCUGACAGGCAGCCACAAGCAUGUGCAUGGCAGUCCUCGUGUGUGACUUUGUAAUCUCUAA